GCUCUUUAGUCUUUAGAACAACUCUGCAACUGUCGGUGUCACCGCGUCGAACACAAUCUACUGAAAAGUGCGAGAUCACAAUCUAUAGACUUCGAGCUGCGUUCUGAUUUCACCAAAGCUUCAAUCUUUUGAACUCAAAGAACAAAACCCAUGAUCGCAAUUUUUUGAUCUCAUUCUAGAUCGAUAACCACAUGCCCCAUUCUUCCUCCUAAACCCUCUUCACUCUGUUCCUCUUCAAACCAGAACAGACACAAAAAUGGCACCAACUACAGUUCAAGACUUCUUCAAAGAGAGAAAAUACCCAUUCAUUUUCACUCUCUUAGCCUUGUUCAUCUGUGUCUUGCUCCUCCUCUUCACCAACACUGCCUCCAACACCUUUGUUUUCUACUCUAAUGUCAUUCAGCAACCACCCCUUAACCCUUCCCCUGUAUCCACAGACUCUGCUUCAAACCCUGAAGAGAAUGAGCAAAAUCCACCACCAAGUGUGACCAAUAUCACAGAGGAGGCUGUUGGUGAUGUGAGUAUUGAUUGGAAGCUAUGUAGUGAUCAUGUGACGGUUGAUUAUAUACCAUGUUUAGAUAAUGCUAAGGCGAUUAAGGCUUUGAAGUCAAGGAGGCACAUGGAGCAUAGGGAAAGGCAUUGUCCUGAUACUGGUCUGAACUGUUUGCUGCCCCUUCCUAAAGGGUAUAGAGUUCGAGUUCCGUGGCCUAAGAGCAGGGACAUGAUUUGGUAUGAUAAUGUCCCUUAUCCAAAGCUAGUUGAGUACAAGAAGGACCAACACUGGGUUGUGAAGUCUGGAGAAUAUCUAGUCUUUCCAGGAGGUGGUACUCAAUUCAAAGAUGGAGUUGAUCAAUAUAUCAAGUUCAUACAGAAGACAUUUCCAGCAAUUAAAUGGGGAAAGCAUGUCAGGGUUGUUCUGGAUGUUGGCUGUGGUGUUGCUAGCUUUGGUGGCUAUCUGCUUGACAAAAAUGUUAUUACCAUGUCAUUUGCCCCCAAGGAUGAACAUGAAGCUCAGAUACAAUUUGCUCUCGAGCGAGGAAUUCCUGCAACUCUUUCUGUCAUUGGAACGCAAAAAUUGACUUUUCCUGACAAUGGGUUUGAUAUGAUCCAUUGUGCACGGUGCAGGGUUCAUUGGGAUGCAGAUGGUGGUAAACCGUUAUACGAACUCAAUAGGAUUCUCAGACCUGGCGGUUUCUUUGCAUGGUCUGCAACACCAGUUUAUCGUGACGAUGAAAGAGAUCAGAAAGUAUGGAAUGCCAUGGUAGCUAUAACAAAAGCUAUGUGCUGGAAGGUUGUGGCUAAGGCUCAUGAUUCCUCUGGAAUUGGGCUUGUCAUAUACCAGAAGCCUACCUCAUCUUCUUGUUAUGAGAAACGUAAAGAGAAAGAUCCACCUUUAUGUCAAAAUAAGGAUGGGAAAAAUAGCUCAUGGUAUGCCAGACUCAGUAGUUGCCUUAAUCCUCUUCCAGUUGAUGGUAUGGGCAACCUACAGAGCUGGCCCAAGCCUUGGCCUCAAAGGCUUACCAGUAAGCCCCCCAGCUUACCUACUGAUUCAGAUGCCAUCAAUAACUUCUUCAAGGAUAGCAAGGUCUGGUCUGAGUUGGUGCCAGAUGUUUAUGUGAAUGCUCUUCCUAUUAAGUGGUCGAGUAUCCGAAAUGUUAUGGACAUGAAUGCUGGUUAUGGAGGAUUUGCUGCAGCUCUGAUUGAUCUACCAGUCUGGGUGAUGAAUGUAGUACCAAUUGAUGUGCCAGAUACUCUUUCUAUUAUAAUGGACAGGGGAUUAAUAGGAAUGUAUCAUGAUUGGUGCGAGUCCUUUAAUACCUAUCCUCGCACAUAUGAUCUCCUUCAUUCUAGCCAUCUUUUCAAAUAUCUUGAGCAAAGGUGUGACCUUCUGGAUGUGGUUGUGGAGAUAGAUCGCAUCUUGAGACCAGAUGGAUAUCUUCUGGUUCAUGAUUCCAUGGAAAUGCUAAGCAAGCUCAGUCCAAUCUUGCAUUCCCUUCACUGGUCAGUAACGUUGCAUCAAAAUCAGUUUCUUGUUGGCAGGAAGAGUUUCUGGCGUCCUGAGCUUUUGAAACUGAAUGCAUAGAAGCUGUUUAGCAUGAUGCAUUGUUUAAUCACACCCACGUUUCAGUGUAUUAUGGAUAAAAUUUUAGAGCGAAAAGUUAAACUUUACGAAAGGAAUUUUUAGUCGACAGACAAUCUUGUCCGAGUGUAAAAUCUGUUAAAAGUAGUAAAAACACAAAAUUUGGUUCCCUUUUUUGAUA